AUGAGAGACUCAAAUCACAGGUUGGUUACACUAAAUAGACCAGUUGUGACUAUAACCGCUACUGUUUACGAUCGGAGAGCAUUAGACUUAAAUUCGGACAUACCACUGAUAAACUCUUUAAAUCAUUUAACGUAUUUGACGUCAAAUUCCGCAAAAGUCCGGGAAACGGUUGCCAAUGACGGUGCUUUGGAAAGGUUGGUGACUAUUCUGCACAACUGUCAUUUAGACUUGAAAACUUGCAUUGAUGUGUCUCUACCAAAAUACAUUGUGCUGAAGAGUCCAGACAGAAUUCAUAUGGAAAAGAGAUUAGCAUUGUGCGCCUGGAAAUGGACGUUGGCAUUUCAGUGUCUGGUGCUCACGGGCACCAGAGGUACAGAACUGAUUAGAAAAAAACUGGUAUCAGCCGGAAUGCUACCAUUGGUGGCAACGGUGUUGGAUAACUACCUUCUUUAUCACUGCAAUUACGAUCAUGUGAAUGAGGAAUACCUAAAAUUUGAUUUGAAGGCCAUUGGUUCAAAAGAUAUGUAUUUGCUAUUGGCCAAGGAUCAAAGCUAUGAAAAAUACGUGCAAUUUCUGGUUGGAGACGACCCAUUACACUUAUCGUCGGACCUUAAUAAUGACUAUUACUGUGAAUCGGAUAAGAACAGAAUGGUAGAGCCUUGUGAUUUUGCAUCGAUUUGGAGCAUGCCUAACAUAUUGGACGAUUCCAAUACUAUGCAAGAUGCAACUACAGAGAUUGAGAACUGUUUCACAGAAAAAGUAUCUGAGAGGCCUAAAAUUGUGACACCUAGGGAAUUUUUUCUAGGUAGAGUGAUACCUAAACUAGACGAUAUAAUUUGGUCUCUGCAACUAUUGGCGUUCAUAUCCAAAUAUGCCUACAUGAAGGAACUGUUACAGUCCGUGGAAUUAAUUAAGACAUUAUCAUUCAGAUCGAUACUCGAAAGAGCCAGAGACAAGAUGGAUGAGCUUGAUACCAAAAGAACGGCAUCAUCUAAUGAACAGUCUUCUGCAUCGGAACAGAAAAGAUUCGACACUUCCGACUACUUGGAAGAAUCUGCAUUUACAAAUGAAUCUUCUGCAUCUAACACUAGAACCGCACCAAUUGAUGAUCACUUCCUUCAAGAGCUCCAGGACCUGACUGCGAAGUGCAACAUGGCCAACCAAAAUCAGAACUCGUUGAAUGGAUGUUACAUUUUAUCCGAAGAUAAUAAUACCCAAGAUAGGUCACUUAGCACAACUUUGAACGACUCAAUGAUGGAUGAACGAAAGUUUAUCAGUAACUUCCACAUGGUUUGGGAUUACAACAAGAUGUCUAAGGAGUUGGAUGGGAAUACGUGGGAUUUUAUAAACGAUAGAAAAUCACUAAAUCUGUUCCCUCUUGUAGAGAAAUUCACAGUGUCCACAGAGAACCCACACGACGUCAUAUAUUGGAGUUCCGUUAUUAUGAGAAAUUCGUGUCGUAAAAAUGAGAUCACUGGUGUGAGACAGUGUGCGAACUUUGCCUGUGGUAAAUGGGAGGAAUAUCCAAGGCAAUUUGCUAAAUGUCGCCGGUGUAAGCGUACAAAAUACUGUUCGAGGAAAUGUCAGCUAAAAGCGUGGACGUACCAUAGGUAUUGGUGUCAAGAGGUUAGCUGCAGCUCAAAAAGUACAUCCAAUAACACGUCUGCUAUAACACCCAGCAGGUCUGGGAAUUUGAGCGCAGCCGUCACUGCAUCCACGACGAUCGGAGCUAACCCCACAGUCAACAUAAGUACGACGGGCAACACUGAAGGUGAAAACACCACCACCACCACCACCACGAAUGUCAAUGAAGAAGUUGACAGGGGGGAUACCCACGAGGCGGAAAGUAUUGAUGUCGGUUCAUUGGAGGAUUGA